AUGAUGCGAAACAGACUAACAAAUUUGAAAGGCUCCAAGGAACCUAAGCCCCAAGGCUCGGUCGGGCACAAUGGGGCUCCUCGAAAAAGCUGGGCAAAGCUCGGCAAUGGGACUCUCUUUACCUCUGUACUCAACAAUCUCCAAGAAGGAGGCCUUCUUGGACUCGUUCUUGGCCUCCCUCAACCACCAAGAGAAACUUAUCCUUACGACGUUUCCUUCGGUGAGCUUGGACAUGGAUUCGGUCAAGUUGAUAGGGCAUUUCCGAAUGUCGUAGAGCUUCAUGGGAUUCCCUAUGCUCCCGCACCAAUAGGAGAAAAACGUUUUGCGGUAUCGGAGCUUCUCGAGACUUUUCCUCACGACGACAUGAACUUCCAAGAGAAGCCGUCAGUAUGUAUUCAGAGCAGAUUUGAUGGCGAAUCUAUCAUACCAUGGCAACCAGGAGCAAGUGAGGAUUGUCUUUUCCUCUCAAUCUGGGCGCGUAAGGACGGUGUCGAAGAUCCUUCCAAGAAAUAUCCCGUUCAAGUAUUUUUUCAUGGAGGAGCUUUCAUGAUCGGAACUGGCAACUUUCCGGAUACUGAUGGAACUGUUAUUGCUGAGCGACAGAAUAUUGUCGUCGUCAGUGUAGCGUAUCGCCUAGGUGUUCUAGGCUUUGCUCACAACUCCGAGUUCCUAGCUGACUCAGAGGCUGCAAGUGAUCUUCGUCAUCGACUCGAACCAAUUCAAAACGGACAAUUCACUCCUAUUGCUGAGCCCUGGGCCGUUGUUAUUGACGGAGAAGUGCUGACAGACAAUCCAAUGAGACACUUUCAGCGAGGGGAACUUAGACCAAGUACUCCGUUUGUCAAUGGAAUCAACGAGGAGGAGGGCUUCAUAUUCGCCCCAAGCAGAAUCCUUGGGCCACCUCUGAGAUAUAAAAAAAUGAUGGAACAGCUUUAUGGCGACUCGUCAGACGAAAUUUUAGAUGCAUAUCCUCCAUGCACUGGAAUCGACUGUGAUAGCUCCCCUGAAUUCGCAGCUUGGAUGACUGACUAUUCGUGGACUUGUAGCUUUCAAGCAGCGAUUACUCCAGCCAUUCGGCCAACAAACCCUGUGUAUGGCUUCUUAUGGAACUCGCCCAUUCCUCAGACAUUCAAUCGAACAGCCAUGGGCAUCCUUAGAAAGUGUGUCAACGAGCAACGACCAUGCCACUGCUUCGAGACAAUCAACUAUUUCGGAAAUGCGAUCAGAAGAGGACUAGAACUGACUCAGGCUGAAAAAGAGUACAUAGAAAAAGUGCAAAACUAUUUGGGAAAUUUCAUCAGAACGGGUAAUCCAAACGAUUUCACCGGAAAUCCACGAGGAUCAAUGGAUUUUGAAGAAAUGGUCAACAUGAGGGACUCAGAAGGUCAACUCAAUGUUGUCGGCCUAAAUGGUCAAUCAAAAGAGCACUACAGAUCAUCUUUCUGCGCCGUACACGAUGACAUUGACGAGUAUCUGAAACAUUGA